AUGAAUCAUUACAGAGGCAGAGGACAGAGAGGACAAAGGCUAGGGUUUCUCCUGGCCACCUGUAUGGUGGCUGUGUUGCUGCAGGAGGCCGGUGCAAUCCCAGCACGCCAGGUCCCUGUCAAGACCAAAGGCAAACAUGUGAUCCUUGAACAGGAAACAGAGAAGGCGUUGGGUACCAAAGCCACGGAGGCCCUGGAGAAGGACAACCAGUUGGGGGCACUGCUGCUCGUGCCCAAGCAGAAGCUUGCAGCCGCUGAGGAAAAGCGUGCAGAUGCCAUGACCUUAGUGGAGACUGAAGAAAAAGACAUCCUGAGCCGUUUUCGGAACCCUCUCCCUGGCCCAGAACCGGAUCUUGACAGCCUCUUCCAUCCGAAGUAUGAGGAGGUCCAAGAUGAAGCGGUGCCCCAGAUGUUGCUCAAGAUACAUCGUCAGGUGCUCCAGGGGCCAGAGGAGGACCUUGACCACAUCUCCCACUCUCUGGAGGACUCCAACAAACCCUAA